AUGGCUAGUUCAGUUGUAUUCCUCGUUGCUCUUUUGGCUGCUUUUGUGUCUACAUCAAGGCAGUGCGAGGUGCGUGCGCGCACUGAAGCAGGAUGGGUGUGCGGCGCCAAACGAUAUGCUCAAGAUGGCUCGGAGUACGCUAGUUUCCGAGGAGUGCCUUAUGCCAAGCAGCCCCUAGGAGAACUGCGCUUCCAGGAACUUCAACCACUCGAGCCUUGGACUGAUGACUUUAACGCAACAACCGAAGGGCCCGCCUGUCCAAACAAUAACGUGUACUAUGGUGACCUGGUACAGCCACAGGGCAUCAGCGAGGCUUGCAUCCACGCCAACAUACACGUCCCAAUAGAUGCCCUCCCGGACAACCAAACUGAUGCAAAUGGUACUGUAGGGCUACCGAUCUUGGUGUACGUACACGGAGGCGGCUGGGUCUGCGGUUCUGGCGACGCAGACUUCAAUGGACCAGAGUUUAUGAUGGUCAGCAAAGGUGUUAUAGUAAUCACUUUCAACUACAGGCUGGAUGUCAUUGGCUUCUUGUCUCUGAAUACCUCGAAGAUUCCCGGCAACAAUGCUCUACGCGACCAGGUAACACUGCUGCGCUGGGUGCAGGCCAACGCGGCCUACUUCGGAGGCAACCCCGCUGACGUCACGCUCGCGGGGCAGAGUGCCGGUUCCAUGAGUAUUCAUUUCCUGAUGCUGUCGCCGGCCGCCGUUGGAUUGUUCAACCGCGCGUUUCUUAUGAGCGGUGUCGCUACCCAGAGCGUCUCCAGCGCGUCUCCUGUGUACGCUCAGCAAGUCGCAGCCCUGUUCCUCUCUGCUCUGAACAUCACCUCCACCGACUACGACGAGGUCCACGACCAGCUUGUUGAAUUGCCGAUCGACGAUCUCAUAACUGCCAGCAGGGCAGUGUUAGAUCAAACCGGCUUAACCAGCUUCGUCCCAGUUGUGGAGACACCAUAUGAAAAUUUUACGACCAUCCUGAGCGAUUAUCCAGAAACUCUGCAGGCUAACGGCAACGGGAACGAUAUUCCAGUAGUUAUAGGGUUUACCAGCAGCGAGUGUGAGACGUUGCGCCCAAGAUUGGUCCAAUUCGGCGCUGUGGAAGCGAUUGAAGCGAAUCCGCUGGUUGGGCUGUCUCCAGAGCUUGUGUAUAGUUUGCCAUCGAACGUAACGGCAGAGAUGGCGGAGAAGGUGUUGGCAAGAUAUUUUAACGGGACUCCGACGAUGGAUGAGUUUGUUAAGUUGUGUACUGAAACCUUCUUCCAGUACCCUGCGAUUAAGCUGGCGAAGACGCGCGUAGCGAGCGGAGGUGCGUCCACGUAUCUAUACAAGUACGCCUACGAGGCGGAAUACAGCAUCGUCAAGGAGGCGCUCAACCUCACGUACUCCGGCGCCGGCCACAUCGAGGACUUGAACAGGAUACUCAAGGUGAACUCGUGGCCUGUACCUGCCAGUGACGCCGAUGACGCUAUGACAGGGUGGAUGACCGGUAUCGUAGAGACAUUCAUGAAGAAUAACACUCCGUCGGGAGAUGGAUCUUGGGCAGCGGCGUCAUCUUCGCUGGAGUACAACUACAUCGACGGGCCGGCCACCGAUUACGGCGCCAUGAGCGACUACGAUCAGGAGAUGGUCGAGUUCUUCGAAACCUUAGUCGAUGUAUAGUGUUUGUUGACUA